AUGAUUUUAAAACUUCUCUCAGCAUGUAUCCGAAGAAGAAUAUUUCAUACUAGUUCUUUUACAACAAAGAAUGCUUCUCGGGUUCCUCUUUCCGAACCUAUAAAAAUUGGCGUAGAAGUUAAAAACGCUGCUAAAAAUGUUGCCGCAAAUUCCGAAGCUCGAAUAACUCGGCUUUCUAAUGGACUUCGUGUAAUCACCGAGCCAGCAUUCGGUGAUUUUGUGACGAUUGGCGUUGCCGUGGAAAGUGGUUGUAGAUAUGAAAACGGAUUUCCCAGAGGUACCGUUCAAAUGGUUGAAAAAACUGCAUUUGGGGCGUCGAAAAAAUUUCCAUCACGCGACGAUAUUUUUAAAGUUCUCGAGAAAAAUGGCGGAAUUAUUGAUUGCCAAAGCACACGAGACACAUUUAUGUAUGCCUCAAGCUGUCACAGAAAAGGAACAGAUUCAGUGCUCGAAAUUUUAGCAAACGCUGUUUUAAAUCCUCUACUUACGUCAGAAGAAAUCGAAACCGCCAAAAAUAUUAUUUAUUUUGAAUCGCUCGAUAUGGUGAAACGAAUCGAAUCAAUCGAGACACUUGUGACUGAUUAUAUUCAUCAAGCCGCAUUUCAAGGGAAUACCAUUGGGAUUCCCAAGUACGCCGAAGUUUCGACACAGUCCGACUUAAACAAACUUACGCAAAAACAUGUAGCCUCUUAUUUAAACGGUGCGCAUGUGCCAGAAAGAAUGGUUGUUGGAGGAGUUGGGGUGGACCAUGAUGAAUUUGUAAGCUCCGUAGAGAAGCAUUUCGACUGGAAUACGUGUUCGUGGAAAGAAACACCGUCGAUGAUAUUUGAAAAUGCUCCGGAAAUCGAUAAAUCAAAAGCUCAAUACACUGGGGGUGAAAUCAGGAAAGUCGAAGAUUUGACUCCUCUCACAAUUGGCACACCUUAUCCACUUCUUUCCCAUGUUUCUCUCGGAUUCGAAGGCUGUAGCUACAAAGAUGAUGAUUUUGUACCAUUUUGUGUUCUGCAAUCCCUUCUUGGUGGCGGCGGAGCGUUUUCAGCAGGCGGUCCUGGAAAAGGAAUGUAUGCCCGCUUAUACACAGAUGUUAUGAACAGGCAUCACUGGUUAUACAGCGCAAUUGCGCAUAAUCACUCAUAUUCAGAUAGUGGAUUGUUUACCAUUACAAGUAGUUGUCCUCCCGAAAACAUAAACGAAGCCCUGAUCGUAAUUGCGGAUCAAUUCCUCAGACUGCGACAUGGAAUUGAUCGACAAGAACUCGAACGCGCAAAAACACAACUUCGCUCCCAUUUAAUGAUGAAUUUGGAAGUGCGGCCUGUUCUUUUUGAAAAUAUGGUUCGUCAGUUGCUCGGUCACGAUGAAUGGAAAAAUCCAGAAGAAUAUGCGGAAAAAAUCAGAGCUGUAAGCGAAAACGAUAUUUUGAGAGUUUCCGAUAGAAUGCUUUCGACAAAGCCAUCAUUAGUUGGAUAUGGCGAUGUUUCACGAUUAGCGGAAUACAAAUUGGUUGAUCAAUCAAUCGCAAUGCGGACAGUAAAACCAUUGUUUAAAUAG